CAUGUGUGUGGAGCAUGGAAGUAAUUCUGGUUUAAAAGUUAUUGCAGGUCUUCACAAUCGAUUCGAAGAUUCGGAUCCCGCUGUUCAAAAAUCUGAAAUAUUACAAGUAAAGAAUCAAGAAGAAUGGCAUGAACCUAAUCGUCAUUCAAAUGAUAUCUCACUUCUUAAAUUGGCCACUAAGUUAAUAUUUAACGAAAACGUCGCUCCUUCAUGUGCACCAAGAGAAGUUGACUAUGCAGGAGAUACUGUUACUAUUUCGGGAUGGGGAACCACCUAUUCGGGAGGAUAUGUUACAGAAGAAUUGAGAUAUACCUACGUCAUAGUUCAAACCAACGCAAAAUGCAGUGAAUCGUAUCCUGAUCGUAUUGAUGAAACAAUGGUCUGUGCCGCUGCUCCAGGAAGAGAUACAUGUAAAGGAGAUUCCGGUGGUCCAAUGGCCUACAAUAAUAACGGAAGAUUUGAAGUAAUGGGCUUGACAUCGUGGGGAAGAGGUUGCGCUCUCGAAGGUUUUGCUGGUGUAUAUUCAAGAGUCAGUGCUCAACUUAAAUGGAUUGCCGAUAAUGCAAAAUAAAGUUUUAUCUUUAUAAAUUUUGAAUAAAUUGAACUGAUUAUUACCGUAUUUAUUAGCAAUUGUCUCUCUUUCAGCAACUCUAAAAGUCAAAGAUUUCUAAUCAUUAAAAAGAAUAAAGGCUGGGAAAUGUUUAGUAAAGUUGAAUCAAAUACUUAGAAGACACUCUGAGUAUUAGUUAAUGUAAAGUAGUUGACCAAUUCUGAUGAUA